UAUGUGCUGUUGGACAGAUGAAGAGAAGAUCGUAUCAGUAAAGGAGGGAGAAUCUGUCACUCUGAAGACUGAUGCUGAAAUACAAAAAGAUAAUCAGAUACUGUGGAUGUUUGGACCUCAAGAGAAUCUCAUAGCUGAAAUCAAAAGAGAGACCAGAGAAAUCUCUACAUAUCAUGGUGCUGAUGGGAGAUUCAGAGACAGACUGAGUCUGGAUGUGAAGACUGGAUCUCUGACCAUCACAAACAUCACAGCUGAACACAUCGGCGUCUAUAAGCUACAGACCAUCAGCAGCAGAGGGAAGUUGAAUCAAAGAUUCAUUGUUACUGUCAAAAUCGCAUUGAUAUCAUGGGUGGAGGGAGAACCGCUCACUUUAUACCCUGAAACUGAAAUACAGAAAGACGAUCUGAUAGUGUGGAUGUAUGGAGACACUCGCAUAGCUCAAAUGACUAGAAAGACCAGAGAAACAUAUGAAGGUACUGAUGGGAGAUUCAGAGACAGACUGAAGCUGGACAAGAGGACUGGAUCUCUGACCAUCAAGAGCACGAGAACUGAACACUCUGGACUUUACAAGCUACAGAUGAGCAGCAACAGAGGAACCACAAACAAGAGAUUCAAAGUUGCCAUAAAUUUGAAGAAAGUGUCAGCCAAAGAGGGAGAGUCUGUCACUCUGAAGACUAAUGCAGUAAUACAGAGAAAAGAUGAGUUGCUGUGGCUCUGGACGAGAACACUGGAUCACUGA